AUGAAUGGAGUUGUAGAGGCCGCCAAUAAGAACAUCAAGAAGAUUUUAAGGAAAAGGAUUGACAAUCACCGAGUUUGGCAUGAGAUGUUACCAUAUUCCUUGUUGGGUUAUCGAACGACUGUCAGAACGUCGAUUAGAGCUACUCCAUACUUCUUAGUAUGUGGAACAGAAGCAGUCAUACUUGCUGAAGUUAAGAUACAGUCCUUGAGAAUCAUACAAGAAGCUGAACUGAGUAAUUAUGAAUGGGUCAGCAAGCAGAUUGACCAAUUGAAACUGAUUGACGAGAAGAGAAUGUUUGCCGUUUGUCAUGGUCAACUAUAUCGACAGAGAAUGAUUCGAGCUUUCCACAACAGAGAUGAGUAUAAAGAAAAAUUUGCACUGAAUUUGCAAGGGCCUUACAUGGUUUGUAAAUUAUUAUCUGGAGGUGCUUUGGUCCUUUCGGAGAUGGAUGACACUUCAUGGCCGAAACCGAUCCCCUCAGAUGCUGCCAAAAGAUACUACGCGUGA